AUGGAGGAAGACUACAUUAGAGUUAUUAACAUAACAGUGUUUGGAGUAAUCUCAUGGGGUCUGAUUUUCAUCCUCCUCCGUAGAAUUUUUUCAAACUACUCAUUCGAUUUCAGCACUCGUAUUGUCUCAGCACUUCACGCCACAGUCGCUGUCGUUUUAGCAACUCUUACGAUUCAAGAUUGGUCUUGUCCUGUUUGUCCAACUGCUUCCACGUCAACUAUCCAGCAGAUGGAAACGAUGGCGUUUUCAUUGUCUUACAUGAUCUACGAUCUCAUUUGUAGUCACUUUGAUCAAGUCAUAAGCAUUGAUAAUGCGGUUCAUCAUUCUAUCUGCAUUCUUGGUUUCGUAACUGGACUUUGCUCCCGAGAGUGUGGAUCUGAGAUAGUGGCAGCACUGUGGAUAGGAGAGAUCUCGACUCCAUUUCUUAACCUCAGGGUGAUUCUAAAAGAGAUUGGUUACAGAGACACCGAUCUCAAUCUUGCCGUUGAUAGUUUGUCUCCGGUUUGGAGAGGACUCGCCCAACAUAUUGUUGUGUCGAUUUACUUGUUACAAGAAACAGCCAAGGUCGAUUCUCUACAAGUGGUAUCAGAGCUUAGGCUAACAGAGAUCCUAGUUACAGAGAUUCGAGGGCAAGAUUCAAUAAACAAGCAAGGAGAAUUCUUAUCUGGUGCGGAGAAGAAGACUCAGCUCGUUGGUGAUUGA